UCCCCGGAACGUGUGGGUCCCCAGGACGUGUGGGUCACCAGGAUAUGUGGGUCCCCUGGGACGUGUGGGUCCCCAGAACGUGUGGGUCCCCAGGACUGUGGGUCCCCUUGGAUAUGUGGGUCCCCUGGGACGUCUGGGUCCGGGGGACGUGUGGGUCGCCGUGAUGUGUGGGUCCCCUGGGACGUGUGGGUCGCCGGGACGUGUGGGUCACCAGGAUGUGUGGGUCCCCUGGGAUAUGUGGGUCCCCUGGGACGUCUGCGUCCGGGGGACGUGUGGGUCGCCGUGAUGUGUGGAUCCCCUGGGACGUGUGGGUCGCCGGGACGUGUGGGUCCCGGAGGCCGGUCUCCCCAGGCCCGUGUCCCUCCGCAGGUGCCAUGGCGGAGGCGGAGGCGGAGGCCGUGGGGCGCCGCCCCCCCCCGGGGCGGGGUUCGGGGGCCGGGGGGGGUCCCCUGGCCCUGCUGAAGGCUCGGGCGCUGGACGUCACCUUCGAGGUGGGGGACGAGUACGAGGUCAUCGAGACCAUCGGCACCGGCGCCUACGGAGUCGUCAGCUCCGCCCGCCGCCGCGACACCGGCCAGCAGGUGGCCAUCAAGAAGAUCCCCAACGCCUUCGACGUGGUGACCAACGCCAAGCGGACGCUGCGGGAGCUGAAGAUCCUCAAGCACUUCAAGCACGACAACAUCAUCGGCAUCAAGGACAUCCUCAAACCCACCGUCCCCUACGGCGAGUUCCGCUCCGUCUACGUGGUGUUGGACCUGAUGGAGAGCGACCUCCACCAGAUCAUCCACUCGGCGCAACCCCUGACGCUGGAGCACGUCCGGUACUUCCUCUACCAGCUCCUGCGGGGCCUCAAGUACAUCCACUCGGCCAACGUCCUCCACCGCGACCUCAAACCCAGCAACCUUUUGGUCAACGAGAACUGCGAGCUCAAAAUCGGCGAUUUCGGCAUGGCUCGAGGUUUAGGCGCCGACCCCCGACACGCCAAAGCUUUCCUCACCGAAUACGUGGCCACCCGCUGGUACCGAGCGCCGGAGCUUCUCCUCUCCCUCCACCGUUACACCCGCGCCAUCGACAUGUGGUCGGUGGGUUGCAUCUUCGCCGAGAUGUUGGGCCGGCGGCAACUCUUCCCCGGCAGGAACUACGUCCACCAGCUCCAGCUCAUCAUGGCCGUCUUGGGGACGCCGCCGGCCGCCGUCAUGGCGGCCAUCGGCGCCGAACGGGUGCGGGCCUACGUGCAGAGUUUGCCGCCUCGACCGGCGGUGCCUUGGGAGAGCCUUUUCGGCGACGCCGAACCGGCGGCUUUGGCGCUUUUGGGCCGUAUGUUGCGUUUCGACCCCCGGGAACGGGUGGGGGUGGCCGAGGCCUUGCGUCACCCCUUUUUAGCCAAAUACCACGAUCCCGAGGACGAGCCCGACUGCGUCCCCGCCUUCGACUUCGCCUUCGACCGCCGGGUGCUCACCAAGGAGGAGAUCAAGGCGGCCAUCGUGGCCGAGAUCGCCGACUUCCACGCCCGCCGCGACGGCAUCCGGCGGCAAAUCGCCUUCGCCCCGGCCGGCGGGGCCGAAAACGGCGCCAACGGGGCUGGUGGUGGCGGCACCGCAGCCAACGGCGCCAUGGCUGACGUUAACGUGCCCCUGGGCGACAUCCACGCGGCCAACGCUGGCGUCACCGCGGCCGACGCCGGCGUCAACGUGGCCAACGUCAACGUGGCCAACUCCGGCGUGGCCGUGGUCGACGUCAACAUGGGCAACGUCGGCGUGGGCAACUCCGGUGUCGGCGCGGCCAACGCCGGCGUCGCCUUGGCCAACGUCGAUAUCAACAUGGCCAACGCCGCCAUGGCCACCAUGGGCACCGCCAUGACCAACAGCAACGUCAAUGUGGCCAACGCCGCCAUGGCCAAUGUCACCGCGCCCAACGUCACCGCGCCCAAUGCCGCGGUGGCCGGCGUCGGCCCCGCCUGGCCCUGCGCCGACGUGGACAUGCCGAGCCCCGGCCCCGCCCCGGCCCCCGACUGCCCAAUGGACUCUCCCCGGGUGAAGGCGGAGCCGGGGGCCCCCGCCGUGCCCAAGAGGGACGGGGCCAUCUCUGACGACACCAAGGCCGCCCUCAAGGCCGCGCUGCUCAAGUCGGCCAUGAGGAACAAGAGCAAAGAGCCACCCUGCGCGGCCCCAGAGGCGCCGGAGGGCCGUAAACCGGUGACGGCGGCGGAACGGCAGCGGGAACGGGAAGAGAAGCGCCGGCGGCGACAGGAACGGGCCAAAGAACGGGAGAAGAAACAGCGGGAACGGGAACGACGCGAACCCCGGGGCCGGGGCGAGGGUCUCCGAGGCCUCGUCCUCACCGACGACGACCGCCACCUCCUGGAGCGUUGGACCAAGAUGCGGGACGGGGCCCCACCUCGCCCCCCGCCCCCUCCCCGACCCCCCGACCCCCCUCCCCCUUGUCCCCCGCCUUGCGGGGCUCCCCCCGAAACUUGGCCGGGCCCCGAGGUUUGGACGGAACCUCCCGCCGCCCCCCUCCCGGCGGACCCCGACGUGGCCACCGUCACCCAACAGCUCUCCAAGUCGCAGGUGGAGGACUUGCUGCCCCCCGUCUUCUCGGUGACCCCCAAGGGGAGCGGGGCCGGCUAUGGGGUGGGCUUCGACCUGGAGGAGUUCCUCAGCCAAUCCUUGGACAUGGUGGGGGACACCAAGGAGAGCCAAGGCGAUUCGGCGCCGCUCUCGGCAUCGCUGUUGGCCGAUUGGCUGGAGGUCCAUCGCCUCAGCCCCGCCGCCCUCGAGAGCCUCCAGCGGGACCUCCAGCUCGGCUCCCCCAUGCUCCUCGCCGACGACCUCCCCGACCCCUAACGUGUGGGUCCCAGGUAGCCGAGACCCCCCACCCCCAGCCCCACCCACUCCCCCCCCCCCCCCUCGAUGGUGCCUUGGCCCCACCUUCGGCGCCCGAUUAAAUUUGUA